GAAAGGGAGCGAGAGGGAAGGUGCUGUUCCCGAAUGGUAGUGGGGUACGGUGAGUUUUGCCGGCGAUCUCGGCACUCGGCGGCAUCCGAGAGUCGUGUGGUAGGGGAAGGCUAAACCCACGAGGGGUUGCGGAGGGAACGAGCGUGGACGAGCGGUUAUUUCAAGCGACGGGCUCUUCUGGCACUUCGCCCCGAGCUUUCCUCGUGCACAUCCUCCUCUCGGAGUAGUAGUGCUGGCCACGAAGUAGUAUAGCCGCGUAUACCGUCAGUGUUGCGACGUCGUGGUCUCGAGACUGAGAAAGAGACGUCGUCAGCAAGGAGCAUCGUGCUCCUCAAAAAGCCGCCGCCGAUCGAUCGAUCGAUCGAUACCGAACAAUUUUACCGUGCCGGUCAAUACACUCGAUAGUAACCGUGAAAACCGGUGACACUCGCAGUGGACUGAUAGAAACCGAAGAGUCUUUCGAGAGUGAUAGUCGACGGUGUCAGUGAAUGAAUAGGACCCAUUUGUGUACGGUGACAACGGGAUUAAAGGAUAGUCGUGGAUAAGUCGCGAGAAUUUUUCGAGAAAUCCGUCGCGAGAGCCGAAGGAUGGAACGCGCGUGGAAAAGAGGAGCGAAGGAGGAUCUGUAACGACGACGCGCCGCCGUCGGACGCGACGGCCUGAAAUAACAGCGGGAAUGCGUGCACAGUGAAUCAGCUCUCGUACGUUCCGCAGCGGACGCGAAUCUCCUCUCGGCUAGCGACUCUGCUAGCGCACGUUUCUUCCUCGCGCCAGCCCUCCUCAACCCCUCUUCUUCCUCGAUCGACACGAGGAGCAUCGUCUCGGUGGCACGCCCGGUGAGCUCGAGACAGGGUGAGAAAGAGAGAAUCGGGGACUUCCUGAGAGCGGAUUGAGAAAAGCCAGAAGCGCCAGAGGCAUCGUCGGAGGCAGGAGCCGGGGAACGUGAAGAGGGCCGAGAGGGGAGUUUUCAAGACGCUAUCGAAGAAGGUUUUCUCCGAAGAGAUCGCAAUUACAGAUCUGUGCAAAGUCGAAGAGCGGAGCGAGGAGAUGGAAUAAGUGCCACGUCCGGGGUAUGAGAUCUCUUGUGUGCCUCGACGAUCUUACGACGGGACGGGCGGACGGCGCCGAAAGAGUCAUCGCUCCGCGCGGCCGGAAAUAAUCCAUGUCACGAUUACACUAAUUGCGUAUACCCGGUAUCGAGCGAGUCGAAAUGGCAACGAGGUUCUGCAUAAUCUUCGGGGUCCUCGCUAUCCUGAGCGUCGGACUUGCGCAAAAACGGAACAUUCGGCUAACAGAUGCAAUUAAUUCCGACGUCGUGGUGUCCGUGGGCGAGACUCUCAAUCUACGUUGCCAGCAAAACUUCAGCUUCAAGACGACGUGGUACAAGGACGACGAAGAGUUGCAUAAGCCGACCGCGAGAGUACGUAUAAACAGGCAGUUUUUGAAGUUGAAAACCAUCGAGGUGGAGGACGCCGGUGUCUACAGGUGUAGACUGGAGUCGAACGACACCGUCGAGUGGCGGAACGUGACCGUGCGCGUCGAGAACCUGCAGAACGACGGCUUUCAGAACGAGGGCGAGGACAAGAGCGGCGCGAUGAACAUGCUGAGAACGGAGGACGGGAGCAACGAUCUCGAGAUCGAAACCAGAAACUUGAUGCCCGAGGCGCGAUCGUUGCAUCUGGACAGCGAAAAGUUGGACGCGAACCUGGACGAGAAGAGCGAGAUCUACCCGGAGAACGAUCACAAUCACAAGAUCCCGGAGAGCCCUCCCUCCUUCAACAAGAGCGACGAGAUGCACCCGUCGGUGGUGAAGCCCGCCGGCAACUCGUUGCGAUUGAAAUGCCUGAGCACGGGCAAUCCCACUCCGAAUAUCACGUGGCUGAAGAAUAACGAGGAGCCGAAGCGGGAGCUCGGUAAAGCGGUCCCGGUCAGGUGGUCCCUGAAGCUGGACGAUCUCGUGCCUAAGGACAGCGGCAAUUACACGUGCAUCGUGUGCAAUUAUCUGGGCUGCAUCAACUACACCUACAAAGUCGACGUUAUCGAAACAGUACCGCAUCGACCGAUCCUGACAAUCCCGCCACGAAACAAGACAGUGGUUAUCGGAAGUAACACUAACAUGACCUGCCGGGUGCUAUCCGAUGCACAUCGUCAUCUCGAAUGGUAUCACGGUUACCAUACCUCCUUCGACACCGUCAACAAGACCAAUCAAAGCUUACGGGUGGAGGUCAAGGAAUCUGGAAUGUCAGAAGAGCCGGAAGAGCUGAACUUGUACAACAUUACUGAAAAGGACGAGGGAUGGUACACGUGUAUUGCCCAGAACACUUUCGGGGAAACAUUCAGCAGCGCUUAUCUACAUGUAGUCGACACGCUGGACGAGCAGAAAGUACCGCUAGCCGCAAGACCGCAUAUUCUGGUGAAUGUUCUGGCGGCCAUUCUCUGCGUGUUCUUUGCCGUGGGCGUCGUCGUAGUGAUAUACAUCUUCCAUCGAUUGAAACGCGAGAAGAUGAAGAAGCUGCUCGCGAUAGAGACGGCACGCGCGGCGGUCGUGACGCAGUGGACCAAGAAGGUGAUCGUGGAGAAGCAGAAAUUGGCGAACGCGCAAAACGGCGAGGAGGAGCUGCUGAUGCCAGUGGUAAGGAUCGAGAAGCAAAAGGCCACUGUCGUCGCCGACGACAAUACCGCCGACAAUGAGUACGACAUGGCGUUCGACGAGAACUGGGAGGUGCCGAGGGAGUAUCUCAAUCUCGGAUGUACCUUGGGCGAAGGUGCCUUCGGCAAGGUCGUCAGGGCCGACACGAACAUCAGUAAACCCGGAAUAUCCAAUGUCGUCGCGGUAAAAAUGUUGAAAGAGGGUCACACGGAUCAGGACAUGAUAAAUCUAGUUAAGGAAAUGGAGGUGAUGAAGGCGAUCGGCAAGCACGUGAACAUUAUCAAUCUGUUAGGCGCUUGCACUAAGGGCGGUCCUCUGUACGUCAUAGUGGAGUUCGCGCCUCACGGCAAUCUGCGCGACUUCCUGCGGGAGCACAGGUCCUCUCUGGGAUACGAGCUGGCUAUAGGACAGGAGACGAAAGAGCGGAAGACCGUCACGCAAAAGGAUCUGGUCUCGUACGCGUACCAAGUAGCGCGCGGAAUGGAGUAUCUGGCCAGUAAGAAGUGUAUACACAGGGACCUAGCGGCUAGGAACGUCCUCGUCAGCGACGAAUACGUGCUGAAGAUCGCUGACUUCGGUCUCGCCAGAGACCUUGCUAACAACGACUACUACAGGAAGAAAUCGGACGGGCGAUUGCCGGUGAAGUGGAUGGCUCCGGAGGCCCUGUUCCACCGUAUCUACUCCAGUCAAUCCGAUGUAUGGUCGUACGGGAUUCUGUUGUGGGAGAUCAUGACGCUUGGCGGCACGCCUUACCCGUCCAUACCGUCGUUCGAGAAAUUGUUCGAGCUACUUAGAACGGGCCAUCGAAUGGAAAAGCCGCCCUGCUGCUCGAUCGAAAUAUACAUGCUCAUGAGAGAUUGUUGGAGCUAUCAGCCGAACGAAAGGCCGACAUUUGUCGAACUGGUCGAGGAUCUCGACAGAAUAUUAACGAUAACGGCGAACGAGGUAUAUCUGGAUCUCGGCCUGCCUCAGUUGGACACGCCUCCGUCCAGCCAAGAGUCCAGCGAGACGGAAGAGGAAGGCGAAGAGAAAUUUCCAUAUCUGCUGUGAGUCGUGUACUCGUCGCGGUGGAAUGUCACUUUAGAUCUCGCGUAAACGAGAUACUUGAGAUUAAGCUCCGACUCGCUAACUCGCGAACGCAAUAAACUAUCAGCGAGAUCGAACGGAGUGAACACGGAUCGGAAAUAGACGAAGAAUCUCAGCGUGAGAGAAAGAGAAAUCACACGAAUAACCGACUGAAACGAGCGAAAUACGAGCCAAAUAAAAUAAAUCAGUAUUGAAGUAUUGACCUACGCGUAGAAUUAAGGAAAAUGUGCGUUAAUUGUAAAAAGGGCUAGCGUUAUAUCAAUAAUAUAAGUACAGCACUGGUCAUAAAUAUAUAAAGUAUACCUCCACAAAUUAACGUAAAAAUAAUUUUGUCAAAAAAUAAUUUAUAAUAAUUUUAAUAUUUCAUUAGUCUUUCGUUAGUCAUAUCGCCGUUUCCAAGAAAAUGUAAGUUGAAGGUGCUUUGUAUUUAUGGCCGAGGCUGUAUUUGUGUAUCAACGAAAUUGAACGUUCUAUAAUUGCUGCUAUUGUUUUUCGUGAACAGACAUGCGCUGAGUUUAAGAUCAAGACAAAGAAUCGAAGCGGAAAAAAAUUGUACAUUAUACCUUUUGCUGCGCCCUUAAUAUAAAACGCGGAUUUGUAUAUCGCUUACUCAGAUUCUAAAUAUUCGUAGAUGUAAUAACUGUGCCAUGAAUCAGUGCCUUGCGAAAGUAUCGGACGACAAUAAGCGAAGAGAAACACGUUAUAGACGGCGGAGGUAUUCAAUAUGUGCUGGAUCGCGUAGAUCAUACAAACGGAUAUAUUUCAUGUGAGAACAUGAUAUUUUGUUUUGUAACUAGUCAACUGUGGAAAUUGUAAGUUUUCCUGUAUUAUAGUAGUUGGUAAAUUAUUAGCGUUUUUUUCACACACGUGGCUAGCAUUAGUGAACGGCGAACCGUAGAUUUUGUAUAACGAGCAGCAAGUUCUAUGGUAGCGCGUUUUGUAAAAAGAGAAGAGAGGAGGAAAGGUUCAGAUAUCAAAGAUCGGGCGCGAGAGAAGAAAGUCCAAAGUAUCUCUGUAAGUUUAGUAAGUUGUAUCUAGCGCGAUACGUGUAUAAAUGGGAGAAAAGUGCUUAGAGGUAGAUAAUUUCUCGUAUAUCAGUAUCUCUCCAAGUAUAUCCAGUAAGCGAACUAUCCGCGAUGUGGCAACAGAUUGAUACAAAAUUCGAUUAGACAUGACUAGCAAAUUACUAACAUUUGCCUUUACAACAAGCACCGACCAAGUUUCUGCUGAUACAUAGCAUUCCUUGUACUAAACUUAAAAGCAAUCUAGCACUCGGUAUUUUUGAUACUCAAAAUAAUUAAAUAAUUAUUUGGCCCCUCCAGUAAUAAAUUUCUGUAAGGGUUGAGAUAGCAGAUUAGUGGCAGUAACAAAAAAUAAAAUCUGUCAUAUUCUGCUUUACAUCCGUCGCAAAUCUAUAUCAAACUGUGCAGUAAGAAUGCCAAGAAUGCCUGCAUUCAACUAUCAAUCUGACAUCGUAUUUUAAUGACAAAUAUUAAUUGCUAUAAUUUUACCAGCAUUAUACCUGAGACAACACUGUACAUACUGGAUGCUGCAUUAAAUCUUGUUUAUCAAGAAAAUUUGUAAUAGAUAUAUUGUGUAGAAUUUUUCCUCUGAGUAUAUGCACGUUUUCAGGAUCUUUCUUUUUUUACUUAAUUUUAAGAUACGUCGCAAGAGCGAUCCUUUUGUAAAAAGUGACAAUAAUCGAUUUACGCAUUAGAAGGUAGUUUUUUAAUUCACGAUUUGUACAUAUGGGCUUUUAUUUAAAGAUUAUUUGUUAUUUGAAAAUAAAGUAAACACAUGAGUAAAUUAGGAUUUACCUGAUGUUUUAGUGUAAAUUAGAAUUUAAAUAGAUUUUAUGUAUAAACCGUGUAAAGGAAUCACAUCAUCGAUAUAAAAGUCAUUUCGAAUAAAUCAGUCAAACAGUAUCAAAAUAAAA